AUGACCACGACCGCCACCAACGUUCUCCACAUUGCCGCCUUUUCCAACGGCAAUGUCGGCGGCAACCCCGCUGGUGUGUGGAUCGGAGACACGCUCCUGCCUUCUGCAGACAUGGCGCGUAUCGCUGCGGAGGUCGGGUUCUCGGAGACUGUGUUUGCCUCUCCAACCGGCGACAAGUCAUUCCGUGUCCGGUACUUUUCUCCCGAGUCGGAGGUCCCAUUCUGCGGCCACGCCACAAUUGCCCUCGGUGCUGCCUUGGCCUACCAGCAAGGCGAUGGCAUCUUCGCGUUGACUUUGAACGACGCUACCAUCUCCGUGGAAGGCAGGAAUUCUGACGAAGGCUGCUACGUGGCGCUGCAGUCGCCGGCUACGCACAGCCAACCCGCACCUUCGGAUCUCGUCCUCGACGCUCUGAACCUGUUUGGUCUAAGCUAUGACGACCUGGACAAUACGCUGCCACCUGGUCUCGCCCACGGCGGCGCCGACCAUUUGGUGCUGGCCCUUCGUAGCCGGGCCACGCUUGCAGCCAUGAAGUACGACCUCGCUGCGGGACGGAAACUGAUGCAAAGCGCAGGUUUGGUCACGAUAGUGCUCGUGUUUGCAGAGUCGCCCCAGCGUUUUCACACGCGCAACCCGUUUGCGUCUGGAGGCGUGUACGAAGACCCGGCCACUGGUGCCGCCACCGCUGCGUUGGCAGGGUACCUUCGUGAUUUGGACUGGCCGCACGGCGGAGUCAUCGAUGUUGUUCAAGGGGACGAUAUGGGUAUCCCUUCCCGCCUGCGCGCGGAGAUAUCGAAUGUGCGUGGCAGUUCCAUCUGGGUGUCUGGCAUGGCCCGAAUCAUGACUAACGUUUAAAUCAGCGCUGUCGUGUGGUUGUAUUGUAUGGGAUCCCACAGGGUAAUGCAAGGAGGUUACAACCAGGGCCAAUAUACUGAAACUUGGAAUUCGUAGACCGCAGGUAUUAAUUAUAUUGAUUGUGCUUUCAGCCAAAAUUCC